UUUAAGUCAAUCCAGAUUCAACCCCGCACUCAAAUAGGACACCCCUUUAAAGGGUGGUUGAGAUAUUGUUAUCCCUUCUGUGUUCUCCCUCCGUUUUAUAUGGUAGAAACAUAAAAUGGAGGACCUAGAACACAAGAAUUCUUCAAUUGACAAUUUUGAAGGGGAAAGGGAAAAGGAUCGAGAUGGAGCUCAUAUCGAUGAUCUUCCUAAUGAAGUUUUGCUCUUAAUUUUGCACAGGUUAGAGGAUGCGAAAUGCCUAUGUAGAUGCUACCUUGUCUCCAAACGCUUUGCCUCCCUUAUUCCUAAUAUCCACAAUGUUACCUUUUCCGUUCCUGAUCGAGAUUCACAUUCUAAUUCCUAUUCCAACCCCUCCAUUUCAGAUGGCGAAAGACAAAAGAAUUUCCCCAAGAAUGUAUUAAACUUGCUUGUGAACAACCUGCUUACGAAGCCCUUCCAUUAUCUCCGACAGAUCACCGCUGGCCCAUCAUUGCCAUCGCUUUCCUCUAGCCCCGCAUUUGACUCUGUUGCAUUUGUCUCUGGCGUGCGGUUCCUGAAGAAAUUCAGGGAAAUCCAACGGCUUGAAAUCCGGACACCAUGUUUCCACGCUCAAGAUCCAACUCUGCUAAAAUGGGAAGCUGGGCUUGGAAAAGACUCCAUCUUCUGCGUGAGCCUCUUCUCGUCCUCCUCCUACGAACUGCCAGCUGAGAACAGCGUUGAUGAGGGUAAUGCUCUGAAUCCCGAAGCCUUCGCCUUAACAAACGAGUUGCUGAGAGAUCGAGUGGAAAUAGCAUACCAGUGUUUCAUGGAUGCACUGUGGAGGCGCCACGUUCUCAGGCACAUCGUCGUGGACCACAAAAUGCUGGAAGUGGCAAAAUUCACAGAUCAAAAGAGAAAUGGGACGGUAUGCUUGAGGAAAGAACAGGUCGCCAAUCUCCGGGACUUGAGGGCCGCCGAGGCAGGUUACAUUUAGGUGUGGCAUGUUUCCGAGGUGCUAACACCAAAAACGGGGCGCGUGAUGAGAGGGGUAACGGCUGUGUUGAUCGGGGUUUCAGAGGACGAAAGUGGUGGCGAUGGCGGUGAUGGGUGCAUGGAGGAGGUUUUCAAAGAAGAUGAAGUUUUGGGUGAGGCUUUAAGGAUGAUUUAUGAAAGUAGAAGGGAUGAUGCACUUGCUGUUACCCUGGAUCUCAAUAUUCCUCAUUAAAUCAUGCAUAUUUCAUACCUUAUAAACUGAGCUGGUAUUCUUUUGUACAAUUGUUUGCAAUCCCUGUAUCUUGUGAAUACUAAAUCAAUGAGGUUUAUUGGUGAAAAAUUAUAUAAACUUUUGUGCCUUGAUUAUACUCGUA